CGUCGUCGUCGUGCCACAUAUUAAUACGUUAAAUCGAUGGCAUCGCGACAGUUAAUUAGAUUCACAUUUCAGUUUACUACAUAGAAACGAUUAAAUGGCGAUAAAAUAUUCGGAAAAAUUCAAGACGAUUCAACUGUCGAUAGAUAACGAACUCGGUAUCUCCAUGUGCCACACCACCAAUAUCAAAGAAUGCGAACAAUUCACAUUGAAACUAUUUGCCAAACCGUAGAUUCAUUGCCAGAUGAAUAUGUGUAGCAGGUUGUGAACGCGGUUGCUAUGGGAGAUUGAAAGAGCAAAUGAUACGGCUAUUUUAGGUUAUCGCAGUAGCGUCUUGGUUUCAUUCAUCUAUAGUGUGAUGCGUUGCUACUUGGCAAUGUAAAUUUAUUGAAAAUGCGUCGCAGGCGACACUGAAAAUGAGAGAGAAAAAAGAACACCAGAUGAGCGAGAAAGUGUGUAUGUGUGUGUGAGAUAGAAAGAUAGAGAGAGAGAGAGACCACUCCAGUAAGGAGAAAAAUAAAGGCACACAGACCAAACUGGAUUACCUAUGAAAUGUGUCUAAAAAUAAACAAAAAGCCCAUAAUUUAAAAUUGUAACAAAUGUGUCAGUGAAAACGUAAAAUAAUUUGUGGGUAAAUGUGUUAUAUGAAGCAACCGUCAAAUGAUAACGAUAAAAUCGUAAUUUGUCUAGGAUUGACAUUACUCGUGUGCCGCAACAUCUUCAAUACCACCAAAUCAUUUGCAUUGUGGAUACACUUUUCCGCCAAAUCACCGUCGUUCUCGUCGCUCAAUUGGCCGCGGUGAUUUAUUACUUCGAUAUUACUUGAGAAGUCGCAGUACAAAUCGGGCAUUAAAUUGUGAGACUUGGCUGCCAAUUUUUUUCUACUCAAUUUCAAUAGAAAAGUUGCAAUUUUCACGAGGAUUAUUUGCGAUAAUUUCUGGCCAAUUUGUUCUGCUUCUAUUCUUUUUAUACAAUUCCCUAUUCAUAGCCUCAAUUGGUAAAGAAACAAAGAGCAAAUAAAUAAUUCAAACGAAAUGAAGCGAUUGUAAUUUUCCCAUGAAAUUAUAAGUGUGGCGUUAAUUUCCUGAUAUUUUGCCGCCAAAUCAAUGUGCCAAAAAGAAGAAAAAUUCCCAAUGAAACUAUCAAUUAGACAAAAACCGCACUCUGAGAAUACCGAGAUGUGUUUUUCACAUUCUGUUAUUCAAUGGAAUUUUGUGUUCUAUCGACGAUUGUAAACAAACGUUCGGUUUUUUUUUCGGCAAAAAUAAUAGGUAAACAGUAAGAAAAAAAAAACAGUAAAGAGCAGCCAGGAUGAUGAUAAACAGACUUCCCCAAAAAGCAUCUCGUAACGAUGAUAGAGAGAGAAAAUCACACUUCCUAAGAAUUAUGAGAAGAGAGUUUGUUUCCACGAGGGAAUAUACAAUGACGACGAGCUAAGUGCAGAAAAAACCAAAACAAACAGCCGCACACACAAAUUUCGCUAUUCACGCUAGAACGGCAAAAGAAUUAACAAAAACAACAACAAUCGAACGAACACAGCGAAAUAAAAAAUGUAUACAGCGAGAAAAAUUCCCGAAACAAACAAGAAUCGAACACACAGCGGUGCACGAUAACAAAAAAACCAUAAUAAAAAUUCUACGUUAAAUGAUAAUGGAUUCCGUCUAAAAUAAUUAUCAAGUGUUCAGGAGAAUUGGCCGAGUGGUGUGCGUGUGCGGAUCGGAUCGUCUGUUCAUUAAAGCUCGUGUCUAUAUGUUCAACAAGCUGGUGAACUCGUUUGGUUUGCCUGCUGCUGCUGUUGCUGCCGCCGCCGCUGCUGCGGUUUGCAUGUGUAUGCAUGGAGAAACGAUGGCGCUUCGUUGCAUUCGGCUGAACGAAUAGCAUGUCUCCUCCGUACCGAAGCGUCCGUACGAAUGGAGUAGGCCUCGCAUAUAAGUACAACCCAGCAGUAUGCUAAACGAUUUAUUCAAUCAUUUCAACUCAACGUAAACACAUCGUUACACUCAACGCAUUUGAACAUUGACUUUGUGAUUCCCCUACUCUCACCGCAAACAAUUCAAAACAAGUUGUAGGAAGCCGCUAGUUUGAAUUUCACAACAUUGCGUUAUUUCUUGUAUAUUGGGAAAAAAAAACUCACACAAAAUUCGAAAGCAAACAAAAGAACAUUUAAGUGAAUAUUGACAACCAAAGUGAAAACAAAGGAAAUUGUUACGAAAAAAAAGCAGAAAAAAUCUGCAGAAAAAAGAAGAAAAUAAGCAAAGAACUGUGCAAAAUUUGCAGCAAAAGUGUAAAAGUGACAAAUAAAGUGGCUUCAAGCAGUAGCAGCAGCCCGGAAAUAUCAUACGCAAAUAUACUAAAAGGAUCGCCACAAGUCGAGAAACCGUAUUUAUCGUCGCCGAUACAAGCAGCUCCUAUCACAAUUGACGCAGACACAAUGACAAACGGAAUCGGAAGCAUCACUAGCAAGGCCUUGCGAAAUGCCAAACAGCAAGAUCGUUUAAUUGUUGGCUUAUCGCAGGCCAUUAAAACGCUAUCCAACGAUCCAGAAGAUACAAUGUUCUGCAUAUUGGCACAACCAAAGCCUGGCGACAGUGCAUCGCACAUGCAAGUCAUUUUACUCGAAGCAUUCUGCUAUGAGAAUGGCAUUUAUACCAUCAAAGUGGAUGACAUGGAGAAACUAUCAAACAUUGUUGAUGCACCAAAACUCGAGAAUUGCGUCCUAAUGCAACGUUACAAGCAUGAGACCGACUCAAAGCAACCGCUUAAAUUGAAAAUCUUCGAUUUGGAAGAGAAAUUGAGUGAUCACUGUGAGGAUUAUUGGGAUUCACAACACAAACCAAUCAUUCGAUUGCCGGACGAGUGAACCACCGAGCGCCGAGCACAGAUCAUCAAGACUAAACCGGAAUGCAAUUAUAGUGAAGAAUUUUCGCAAACACAGAAUUGUGCAAGUGUUUGACAAAAAUGCACACCGAAAAUUACCGAAAAUUGUGAAAUUAAUGGCGCUGUUUCAAUCGGGCGCCAGUGCUCAAGUGCUAUCGAUAAGGAAACAAAAGCCACAAGAAAACAGCAACAACAACAACAACAAAAAGAACAAUCAACCAAAAGACAAUUUAAUAGUUUUUGAUUCGCAGUCCGGCCCAAUCGUUUCACGUGACGAUUCAAUGCGCAGCGAUGAAGAGACAAUCUAUUGUCGAUAUGUAACCGACGAUAACAACAACAACCAAAGAUAAUUCUAAUUUUAUGUGUGUGCUAAAACAUCGGCCGCAGACAACUAUUUAACCAUCUAUCGUAUAUAUUGCAUCAGCUGAAUGAAACAAUCGUUCGACACACCAUCCAACAUCAGCCGAAUGCAAGCUAAUCAAGUGGGGCUACUCAUCGUCAAGUGUCGAAUUAUAUAGAUAUAUGUAUCUAUAGCUAUAGUUAAAAGUAUAUAUAUUUGUUAUUGUUUCUUUUUUGUUAUACCGAAUGUCUAGGAUUUAAUUCCAGUUUUACCCAAUUAUAUGUAACAACAAGACAAAUCGUUUUGAAAAAAAAAGAAGACAUAACAAUUGUAACGGUAAUGAUGACUGUACAGAAAAAAAAUAUAUGAUAAAAAUGAUUAUAAAAGAAUUGUAAUAACAACAACAAAAGCACAAGUGGUCAUCGUCUUCGCCUUCGUCGUUGCCGCAGCAAGUGAACAUGUUCAUACGUGUCUGUAGUUCAUACGUUUCGUAUCAUCCACCAAAUAUUUGUUGACAUGAACCAAAUCGAAGAAAGAAUGAAAAGGAAGCAAAAAAUGCGCAAAAUUAGGCCGUUGCCGUACGAACUUGUAUCGCAAUUAUACUAUCGUAUACACGCGCUCAAAAAGUAAGACAUGUGUGUCGAAAUUGUUCAAAUAUUUUUGUAGCGGCACGUAUGAACAUUGAAUUACCUGCAACGACCGCGUUGUAGACGACAACAACAACAACAAUGAAAAAUGCUCACACGGCAGUAAAAGAAGUAGGGAAAGUGGCAGAGAAAGUCAGAAUAAUCAUGUUAUGUUUGAACAAUUAUACAAAAAUCUGUAGUAACACUUCAAUGAUAUUAUGACGAGAAAAUAUUGAACAAAAAAAUGCUAAUUUUUACUCUGAU